AUGGCCCCUGCUCUUGCCGUUAAUCGAGAUCUCGCCGCCGCAUCUCCGGAGAACGCUCCGGCGAAAGGACGCGCUUCCGUGUACAGCGAAGUCCAGUCUAGCCGUAUUAGCAACGCCCUUCCGUUGCCUUCUGUGCUGAAAGGAGCUUUCAAAAUCGUCGAAGGUCCCGCUAGCUCCGCCGCCGGGAAUCCAGGUGAGGCCUCGGGAUUGUGA